AUGAUAUUAGUUGGAUCUCCAAAGAAAAUGCAGUUUUUCGGCGGCACAGAAAUCAGUCCAUCUCCUCCGGUGCCGACUGCCUCCGGCAACAAUGGCCACAUGAUGUACGUUUUCAACAGAAAUGGAGUGUGCCUGCUCUACAAAGAAUGGAAUCGACCUCUCAAGACUCUCGGCUCGCAACAAGAUCAAAAGCUCAUGUUCGGACUCCUCUUCUCCCUCAAAUCCUUAACCGCAAAAAUGGAUCCCACCAGUGCUGAAAAGGGGAAUCUUGGGGUACCUCAGCUACCGGGGCAAGGUUGUUCCUUCCACAGCUUCCGAACCAAUACAUAUAAACUCAGUUUUAUGGAGACUCCUUCUGGGAUUAAGAUAAUUCUAGUCACCCACCCAAGAACAGGUGAUCUGAGGGACUCCUUGAAGUACAUUUAUAAUUUGUAUGUUGAGUAUGUUGUCAAGAAUCCAUUAUCUUCUCCAGGAACUCCCAUAAGAAGUGAGCUAUUCAACAAAACAGUUGAUCAGUAUGUGCGAGGCCUCGGUUGAUGAUAUGGUAGCUUAUCACCUCAACUCUUGAUAGUUGAUGUUGCUAUGUGCUUGCAGGAAAUGAACUUGAUGCUAUGCUGUGCAAGAAAUCCUGAUACUCCCUUCGUCCCACCAUAAGCGACUCACUUUCCUAUUUGAGAUGUCCCCCAUAAGUUAGCCAUUUCCCUUUUACUCAAAAAAUCAUCUCUUAUUUUAUUUUCCCACCUACUUUAUUCUUUUCACUCUUCUACUUCUCUCUUUCUCAUACUUUACUCUCUCUACUUUAACUCUUUAAAUAUCAAUUCCUUAAAUCUUGUGCCAAAUGGCUUGCUUAUGGCGGGACGGAGGAAGUACUAUAUUUCUUUGUUGGCAGAUUUAAUUCUAGGUUUGGUCCUAGAUUCAUGUAUUCAUAAUUUCAUAUAGUAUAUGUGUUCCAUAUGAAUCAGCCAUUUGCUUCUGAUUAUGUUCUAAAAUGCUGCUCCUUCGCUUUUGCUUGUGA